AUGAAGGGAAGGCGCUUCCCAAGCUGCUGGAGAAAACUGAGUGGGUGGCUGGUACAACUGUGGAAGUGGCCUGGGGCAUUGCUGCCAAUCAUGGCGGCGGCUAUCAAUACCGCCUCUGUCCGGCCAGUGAGGAUCCAACGGAAGAGUGUUUUCAGAAAACUCCGCUGGAGUUUGUGGGCGAAGAUCAAUGGCUCCAAUUUGGCAACGGCUAUGAUGCUUCACAACGCAUCACCGUGA